AUGGCGAAAAUUAGGGUUCUGAUUGUCGGAGGUACAGGCCACACUGGGAGCUCGGUUGCGGUUGUUGCUCUAAUCCGACCGGCAUCUAUUGAAAAACCUGCCGUCAGAGCUUUGCAGGAACAAGGUGUUGAAAUCCGCGAAGGCGAUCUUGAAGAGUCUGAAGAAGACCUUGUCAAAGCCCUCGCUGAGAUAGACGUUGUGAUCAGCUGUGUUGGCGCACCACAGCAGCAGUGUCAGAUUCCUCUUGCAAACGCAGCUAAAAAGGCUGGCGUUAAGCGAUUUGUCCCUUGUGGAUUCUAUAACGGUGGCUCCUCCAGCCGGAGACAUGUUGCUGCGGGAUCAGAGGUUGUGUACAAUCACAUCAAGCGGCUCUGGCUCCCGUAUACCUUCAUAGACGUUGGUUGGUGGUACCAGCUCGCAUUUCCAAGACUUCCGUCUGGGCGGAUCGACUAUGCCGUGCUCAAUGCGACGAAUGAGAUUAUCGGUGGCGGAACUGUUCCAUCUGCCAUCACCGAUCUCCGGAAUAUUGGGCGCUAUGUCGCCAAAAUCAUUGCUGACGAAAGAACUCUGAAUCGAAUGGUCUUUGCGUAUGAUACAUUGAUGACGCAAAAUCAAAUCUACGAUCUGCUAGAGGAGUUAAGCAAGGAGAAGAUCGAUAGGAACUAUGUACCGGAUGAGGCCCUCUACGCUCGAGGAGCAGUGGUGAGGCAGUCGAUCCAGGAGAAUCCAAAUGACCGUCACCAGCUCCAUCUUCUUUACCUGGUCGAGUAUCAGCUGUCAUGGGGUGUCCGUGGAGAUAACAAUCCGGAAUACGCGAAGUACCUCGGCUACCUAUUGUCGAAAGAACUAUAUCCGGACUUUGAACCGACCUCCUUCAGGGACUAUCUGGAAUCUGUUAUUAACGGAUCAGCCAAACAUCCUUAUGCGAGCUGA